AUGAAACGAUCCUCAAGUACAUCAUCAGGGACUUCUCCUGGAGCGUCACAAGCAACUUUAACUGAUGGAGCUUCUAUCGGGCGCAGUGCGUCUAUGAAGGAAGUUUCAACUAUAAGCAAUGAUUUAAGAGUAGGGAGGGCGUCGCCAUUAUACAUAUCAUCUUCUACCAAUGUCCGGAACAACAGGUCACCCAAUUAUAGCAAGCGUAGAUAUUCUAUGAAUGAACAGGACGCGACACAGCCAGAGAAACAGACAAAGUUGAAUAAUAACGAGAUAAUAGAUCUUAUGGAAAGGGAACAAGAUGCGAUCGUAUUGAAGCUAAUGAAAGAAAUAGAAUACUUGAAAGAAGAAAAUAGGGCAUUGAAAUCUAGUAUGAAUGCGGCUACUAGAAGAAAAUCUUCUUUAGGAUCCAGUAAAAGUCUGACGAGCUCCCCUAUCUGUGCAUAUACACCAGUUAUUUCUAACUCUGGUAGGAACUUUGGAACUAACAGUGGGAGAUAUACUACUGCAACAACGGCCCGAAGCUAUAGUGAAGGUUCUAAUCAAAGUCAUGAUUCGAGUCUCUUCAACUCUAAUUAUUCAAAUGAAGAACAUAUUCCGAAGGAGUCAUACAUAGAGGGAAGAAGACAAGCAAAGCUGCUUGAUAACACCUUACUGCCUGCAAUUGAGUUUGAAUCUUCGGUGAAAGACUCUGGACAGUUUUUGAAGCCGUGA